GUCUCCUCGAAGCAAAGCCAUACAAACCCAUUUUGUUUUCUGUAGUAGUAGAACUACUCCCCAACAAUUAUUUUCCUUUUCGAUGAUAGACAAAAGAGUCCAAAAAAUACUCUACUCCAUCGACACUCACGAGAGAAAAUAUCACCAUGUCGUCGAGCGGCGGCGGCGGCGGCGGUGGGCAGAGGCUGAACAAGUUGCUGGUGAAUGUGAAGAUAGAGAGGAGCCUAGGCCCCGUGCAGGUGUUCAUGUCGCCGGAGAGCCGGGUGAAGGAUUUGAUAAAGGCGGCGGUGGAGAUUUACGUGCGGGAGAAGAGACGGCCGUUCUUGGAGGAGAAUGAUCCUCGUCGUUUUCGACUUCAUUACUCCCAGUUCACCUUCCAGAGUUUGGAGGAAGAGGAAAAGCUGGUGAAUUUGGAAUCCAGGAAUUUCUUUAUGUGCUCAAGGCCUUCACCGACCACAACCUCGUCAUCAUCGGCCGGUUGCUCAUCGGAGGACUCUGAAACAACGGUGGCAUUCAAGACUCCUUUCCUUUCAAUAAACUGGAUAGACUUCUUGCUUUAGGAGAAUAAAUUAAUUACUAUUAGUAUUUUUUUUUUUAUUUUUUAGGGAAAAUCAGUAUUCAUUUAUUGAAAUGUCUACUAUUAUGUAGUGGAAGAGUGAAUGAAUAAUUGAUUGUGACAUGAAUUAAAUAAGAGUAUUAACUGGUAAUUUUGUUUGUGAUUACAGUGAAGAAUAACUCCUUCGAGAUCAGAUUCAACUAUCCGAAGAAGGGAGAGUUACUAGCUAGUUGUGCACCUAGCUAACCAACAGUAGUAAAGCGCUCUCUACUUCGCCAUUGUGAUCGUUAUUGAUUUGUGUGGGUUCUGUUUCGGCCUAGAUAUCGUAGUAAGGGGUUACCGAUUAUAGUCUUAAGUUCCGAUUUUGAAAUUUUAUGUUUCGAUGGACUGAAUGUGAUUGGAGAAGUGAAGUGGUAAGAGAGUGAAAUCUCGGACCUGUACUUAAAUUAAUUAACUAGAGAAGCCAGUAGUUCACUGCGUUUCGCAUCAAGCGAGCGAUGUGAAAGGUUACAUGUGAUUGUAAGAGGGAAUAAACUAAUACGUAAGGAAC